AGACAUUGGUUUUUAUCACGUCGACACUCGAUAUCGAGACCAAAUAAAUCUAUAUCAAAAUACUCGGUUCUUAACAUCAAACCGGAUUGGAUAAACAUAUAUAGAUUCAGAACAAUUUUUUUAAAAAAUGUAGUUUGACUUGAAUCCUAUCCGGACGCCCAGGCCCAAUGAGAUUCAUCCAAACGGGCCUUUACCUUUACCGUAACCAAACUGAGGAAUAGGGAGAGCUUAUAUUACGUAUGUACCCCUCCAUUGUUGUAGCCGGCAGCAGCUCUGGGCAAGAGAUUUCAUGGAAGAACUGACGGAAGAAGAGAGAAAAGCCCUUCGGGGAAGCAAAUUCGCUCCUCUUCCUCCCGCCGCUCCGGCCCGUCCUCCGAUCAGGCAGGCUCAUCCGGGCGGGCCGUUGAAGACGAAUAAGGCUGCUGCAUUGGCGAAAUUCCUGGAAAGAAAAUUGCAGGAACCGAAUGGAUUGUCUUCUGUUGAUCCAAGACUGGUUGAACUCGCUGUAAAAAAUGCCAAAGAGACUGUCCAAUCUAGUGGAACAUCGACUUCAGGAAGAGUAAUUCGUCACGUGGAUUCUUUUGGUGAUUAUGAGGAUUCUUCUGAAGGGGAAGACAUAAAAAAGUCGGACCAUUGUGACGGCGAAUAUACGAAAAAACCCAAAAAGAAGCAGAAGCUAUGACAAAUUUUUUGGUUUUCCUUUUUUUUUGCGAGGAAAGAAAGAUUUGAACUCUUCUGGAUGCAAUACAAUAGGAAUUGAAUUUUUUAAACCAUGGAAAAGAUGUACCUAAUUGGUGGCUUGAAGAUCUUAACAAUUGAUUCUGAUGAAAAUUGUAACUCGCAAAUGCAAACAGAAAUGAACAGGGCUAUCUAUU